AUGUUUAACACCAUCAAAGGAUAUAUAAUUGGUGAUAUAACUAGUUUUUAUAAAGAAAUAUUUCUAAACAUUCCGAAUAUAGAUAAAAAUUUAAAAGAAAAUCAAUUAAUUGAUCUUCCUUAUAGUAAUAAAAUAUUUGAAAAUAUUAAAUCAGGACAUGUUAACGUAAAUAGAUCUUCAAUUAAUUAUUCAUUAAAUAAAAUUCAAACAAAUUCAACAUCGAAUGUUUUAUCAUCAUCGAUUCAAGUAGCAAGAGGAGAUCAAGGAAAUGUUAUUUGCCGUUUUAUUCAUACAUAUUUUGUACCUUUAUUACCAUCUAUACAUUGUCCACAUGUUGGUCCAACUGGAGGAGCAUGUGCUGAUAAAACAAUCGACUUUUAUUAUAAUCAAACAAAUUUUCUGGCUUGUGGUCAUAAACAAUAA